GCGAAUUUAUUCGUCUUAAUGAGUGAACUAAUAUUGUACCUCAAGGACUUCGAGCUCAUUCGAAAAGGAGAAAAUAAAUCAGUGUUUAUUCGAGUUCAAGUUUCUAUCGGUAAAAAGUGAUAUUUUUUCUCUAUUGUGCGAGGUUGAAAAAUGUAAAUCCGCACCUGAUAAUGUGCAAUACUUAGUUAUCACUGCGAUCUAUAAGUAUGUAGUAGUAGGUAUCGAGGUCCUUCCAUUAGGGAUAUUGAAAUUGUUUACCAUACGUAUGGAAAAAAAUGAAGUGAAAUCACGAUAAAUUAAUCAGUCAAAUCCGUCAAACCAUUACAAACAAAUGUUAAAUGAAUACAGAUACCCAUAAAAAAUUAUAUACUGUUAAUAAUCACUGAAGCAUAGUUCUUCAAUAACUAAGCUUAAUAUAUUAUCAUGAAUAAAUAUGGAUAUGCGUUCUUUGGUCAUUGUUAUGCCACCUAAAGAUAUCUCCUGGCUAGAUUUGUUUUGAGAUUUAUAGAUCGGCAUAAAGUACCUACACUUUCAUUAUCGAUGAAUACCUUCUUUUAUUUGUGAAAGGAAAUUUUCCAGAAACCAAAGAGUAAAUAUAUGAAACCAGAGAAGUUCAUUCGAUCGAUGUAUGAACAUAGAUUUGAGAUUUCAUAAAAUAUAUAAUUUAUUCCGACAGAAGCUGUCAAUCUUCCAAUAUAAUUCAUUGUGGUUUAAUUUUUUUGCCUUUGUUGUGUGUUUGACUAUCACUAUGCAUUGUUGUAUGACGAUAUUGAAAUUACUUCUCGUCAAAACGAUUAUAUCCGUUCAAGUUUCAACGACUAUAAAUGAUUUAAUGGGGCCAUUGAACAAGACAAAUAUUGUGAAAACGAAGCCGAACAAUAUGGUUAAUACUAGUAAUUAUUAUGAGAAUAGCAUCCAUAAGGAAGAACAUAAUGUCGAAGUGGAUACUAGAAUUGUGGGAGGUGUGAAGUGUUUUGUUGAAGAUUAUCCUUGGAUGGUAUCCAUAAGAAGAUCAAGACGAUUGACCCAUUAUUGUGGCGGAGCAUUGAUAGCUCCUCGGUGGGUUCUUUCAGCAGCACAUUGUUUCGAAAGUAAUUUUAAAUCUCCAUGGAGCAUAACGGCAAUGAUGGGUCUCUCAACACUUCGGCGUACUAGUGCUCAAGCUAUAAUUGCUAAGAGAGUAUUCAUACAUGAAGAUUAUGAUCGGAGGACUUUAACGAAUGAUAUAGCUUUGGUUGCUUUGGAACACGAAGUCUCUUUAUAUCUUGGAGCGAUCGGUUUUAUGAAAAUCCCAGAAAAACCUUAUAUUUCCGAUCUGUCUAAAGUUUGUCCAUCUCAAUAUUUUAUGGUGGCUGGAUGGGGAUCAGUACAGGCUUAUACAAAUGAACGUCCCUCUUACGCAAGUUCUCCAGAUUUGAGGUGCGUUGAAGUACCUUUUAUUACUAACGAAGAAUGUGUAAAGUACUCAUCCGCUGCUAGUGACGAAAAAGUUAUUUGCACUUUGUAUAAGCCAGGAGGAAAAGAUGCCUGCCAAGGCGAUUCUGGUGGACCUCUAUUCUGCAAAGGGGUUCAGUAUGGCAUAGUAUCUUGGGGAAAAGGAUGUGCCUCACCCACUUCACCCGGAUUUUAUACAAGAGUGGAUAGAUACUUGAAUUUUAUCAAUGAAACUGUGAACACUUACGUCGAUUCGUCUUCUCACCUACAUAUUAAUUUUUACUUCUUUAUGAUUAUGAUCAUAACGGUCCUUUGUUGCUAAUGUAUUACCGAAUUUAACUUUGAGUCUUUGUAUAACUUGAUUUCAUCAAAAGUUUGAAACAAGAAAAUUCAAUAAUAUUAAAAAAUA